CGUGCAUGCACCCGCAGGACGGUGUGUGCUUGGAGGUGCAGUUCUUUUUUAUUUUCUUCUUUUUCUUCUUCCUUUUUUUAAUGGUUUGGGUAAAUUUUUUAAAAAAAAUUAGAAUAGUUCUUGUUAAGACGUACUUGUGGCUCCGGCGCAGAAGGCACUUUAAAGGGGCCUUUCAGAGCGUGGAGCGGAGUUGUCAUCUGAGUGGGGCGCAGCGGCGCCGGGCGCUCCCCGUGUUCUUGCCGUUUUCUGGGGCUGCUGAACCGUAUUCCCGAGCGUCGACCCAGCUCCGCGGCCUGAUCUCGGCCCUAGCCCUUGGCAGAAGUUUGGUGCUUGUUCCAGCUCCAGGCUCUCCACAGCUGGACCUAGUCAUAUGAACCUGCAUGGACUGCCAAGUGGCUAGAAAGUUUGAGAUGGUGGGGAGAGGGGAUGCUGGUGUCUCGGCAGUUGUAGCUUCUGGAAAGACCUGCCUGGAGUUGGAACGUUACCUGCAGAGCGAGCCCUGCUACGUGUCAGCAUCCGAGAUCAAAUUCGACAGCCAAGAAGAUCUGUGGACCAAAAUCAUCUUGGCUCGGGAGAAAAAGGAGGACGCGGACCUGAAGGUGUCCUCCUCUGGCCCACCCGAGGACGCGCUCCACAGCCCUGGCUUCAGCUACAACCUGGAGACCAACAGCCUGAACUCGGAUGUGAGCAGCGAGUCCUCCGACAGCUCCGAGGAGCUCUCGCCCACCACCAAGUUUACCUCCGACCCCAUCAGCGAAGUCUUGGUCAAUUCGGGGAAUCUGAGCUCCUCGGUCACCUCCACGCCUCCGUCCUCCCCAGAACUGAGCAGGGAGCCCUCGCACCUGUGGGGCUGUGUGCCUGGCGAGCUGCACCCCCCCGGGAAGGCGCGGGGUGGGACCUCAGGGAAGCCGGGCGACAAGGGCAGCGGGGACGCCUCCCCCGACGGCCGCAGGCGGGUGCAUCGCUGCCACUUUAAUGGCUGCAGGAAAGUUUACACCAAAAGCUCCCACUUGAAAGCACACCAGCGCACCCACACAGGAGAAAAGCCUUACAGAUGCUCAUGGGAAGGGUGUGAGUGGCGUUUUGCAAGAAGCGAUGAGUUAACCCGACACUUCAGAAAGCACACUGGUGCCAAGCCUUUUAAAUGUUCUCACUGUGACAGGUGUUUCUCCAGGUCUGACCACCUGGCCCUGCACAUGAAGAGACACCUCUGAGGGGGCAGAGCGGCAACUCCUGCGGGCUAAAAAGGCUUCCAGGCUGAGACGGCCGCGGAAGGAGGGUGCGUGUUCCAGCCAAAGCCAUUUUGCACCCUGCCCGGUCGCCUCCAGGACCUACUGGGAAGGUCUUUCGAGGGCGAGAACAGUCACGUCCGAAGCGGCAGGGCACCCGGGGUGUGUGGUGUCUGGGUGGCCCCGGCUCGCCACUGGUUACCUGUCCUCUGAGUGGUCCCUAAGCCUUUGCCGUGAGCAUGUGCACUGAGAAUGUUAGUGGUGGGUGGGCUGUAUGUGGAGGGUCUCCUACGGACUGGGUGAUGAGGCAUGUCCUUUCCCUGGCGAGACUGCAAGAGACAGAAAAAAAAAAAACAGAGUUUGAAUGUUCUGUGUGUGAGGCGUGUUCCGUGAGACGAGAUGACCAUCCUUCAUUUCCUGAGGGGGUGUCUGCGCCUUAGAGGAGAGAAAAAAAAAAGACAAGAAGAAGGGAAGAUGUGGAGGGCAGGCGUGGGCAGUCAGGACCCCGAGUGACGAGUGGGUGUUGGUGGGGAGAGCCCUUCCCCCGCGGUGUGUGACGGGAGCGUUCGGUGUUCGGUUCAGCUGUGUGAAGUGAGUAGCUGGCGCUGCUUGCUGUGACAGAGCUCAUUUGUUACCUGUUGUAUACGCUGUGUACCUACAAACAUAACACGUGGAUAACUUUUCCUUCUAAGACAAAAGUAAUGCAUGGUCUGGGGAAUUAUCUGCUUUUCCAUUUUUAAAUCAGGACUACCGUUUUGGUUCCAAGUUCACUGAGCAGCUAAGAUAACAAUUGGUCGAAUCAGGUGACCCCCCCUAGCCAUCUGGGCCUGGCAAUACAUGAUGCUCCACCCCCCCCAACUCCCGCCCCUUGGAUUUAUUCGUAACACUCCCCUUCUAGAGAGGCGUUGUGCAGUGUAGGACUAUUUUGUCAGUGGUUCCGAAUUCGUAUUACCUUUUUGGAGAAUUUCAAGUUGCCCUUGGGAGACAUUGGGCACGAGUUGGGUGUCCGGGACACCAAGGCUGGGAAUCGCUGGUCUAACGUCCCACUAGACUCAGAACCUAAAAUUUUUCUCAGUUGGGUGGAUAAAACCACUAAAGCUUAGAAACUGUUUUCUCAUGCAGCUAAGUUUCUCUUAUUUAUGCCUUGAGGACUCAUUUCUGGUUUUCUAGCUGUUAAUGCACUGUAGAUCUUAAUAAUGGUGCCUUACGCAAGUGGCCCCUCCUGUGGGGGUCUCAUACAGGGGAAUGGGUGAUGCAUGCUUUAUUAAGGCUCUUUUUUCACCUGGCUUUGUACUGUAUCAAUAUUUAAUACAGAAAAAAAAAAAAAAAAAAACUCUUUAAGGUCCUACUUCACAAGUCAAAUAGAUGAAAACUCCCCAAACAAGUCAGUAUUUACUCAAUAGCUUAGACAACUUGACUGUCAGUGUUCAAGUGGGAAACAAAUGAUAAUUGGAAAAUCAGACCAUUUCUGCCACCGUGAGGGUGAGACUUCAAUAUAGACUUUGCACAACACUUGUACAGAUCAUACACCGGCUGUGUUUAAUAUGUAACAUUUUCACACGUAUUAAAGAUACAGAAGUAUUAAAAAACAAUGUAUUUGCUUAAAAGGCACAAGUUUCUCGCGUAUCUAUCUAGCUAUCUGUUGGUAACACAGAAGGUAUAUUACUUUUUUAAAAAGUGGGCGAAAUUCUUGUGUAUGUACAUUUGUGUGUAUAAUAUGUGUAUGUGUGUGUGUAUAUAUAUAUACAUAUAUAUGAAUAAUAUAUAAAUAUUUUUUUAAGGAGAAAUUAGAAUGUAUAGCUAGAAAAUUCCACAGCCUGUGAAGACCUAUUUCAAAAUGGCCAUAAAGGAGGUAAAAAUGAAAACUAUAACUUUUAUAAAGGCUUUAUCUUUCAUUUAACAAUUUGCCACAGGCCCUUGGCAUCAGAUCUCUUCCAGACUGCCAAGUCACUCAUCAUAAUUGGUGGGUCUGGGAUAGGGUCCCUUGGCCAUUCAGAACUGCCAUGAACGGAAUACUAGCCCACUGGUUGUUUGGUCUCAGACACACUAAGGUUUUGAUUUCAAAUGUCAGCCUUAUUGAAGAUCUAACCUAAAAGAAAGCUAAUCACAGAGAUUCUUUUUGAGAGCAUUUUUUAUGCAGAUGAAGCUAUUUUUUUUCCAGCACAUAGAUUCUUCCAGUUUUUCCAACAAGUAAUUUCCCCGAAUUGGCAUACUGCAGCAUGGACAGCUGAUCCUCCAUGCAGCUGCUGGUCAAGGGUGUGGAUCUUCUCUUUAUAUAUAUUUAUUUAUAUAUAUAUAUAUAUAUACACAUAAGUCUGGCUGGGCUGGUAUUUUGUUUGAUCUUCCUGAAAAUGAGCAAUGGUAAAAGCUCAUAUAACUGGUUUUUUUUUGUUGUUUUUUUUUAAAUCUGGGCUGAUGGAUACACUUACCUAAAGAAAUUAUUUUGCUGAGGGGGAAAAUGCACUUUUUUCUUUUGGCAGUUCCAAAUCCAGACACUUAAUUUGCUGGAUUUUGGGGGGGAAAAAACUCCUUUUUUGGCCCUGCUGUGUGCUUAGCCAUAACAGUUCCAUUAAGCAAGAAGGUAAACAAAAGACAAAAAAUAAAAAACUUGCACUGGCUUGUCUCACUUAUGAAACACCGUGGAGUGGUUUGAUUGGGUGGGGCUGGGUGCCAUGUAUGUCAAUGCCUGUAAUUUUCAUAAUAAGCAAGUACAUAAAGAAUUACAAUUCUGUUCAGGUGAUAACUGAGCCUCAAUCAAGCAGAAACUUUUUGCUUGACAUUAAAAAAAAAUUUCUAUUAGUGAAAUUUCUUUCUUUUUAUUUUGAAGCACCCUGUUAUCUAAAAAAUCUUUGUAAGAUUUUUGUAAAAUUUUGUUUUACAAGAUUUUAUUUGAAAUUGUUUUUUGCAAGAUUGUUAUAUUUCUGUAUGAAUGUAUUUUUUAUUGGAAUAACAUAAAAGAAUUCUUAUCAGCA